CUUGGAUAAGCUUCUUAAUCAUGAGCUUGAGUCAGUUGGCUAACUUCUGUCAAUGUUGAUCUUACAAAAUCUUUGUAGCAUGGAAUAAUCGAUGAAGAAUAAUUCUUAGCUGCAAUCUCUCAGGCUUUAGGUUUUGUUGGCCCGUGACUACAGAAGACUUAGAGGAAAACCAGAAGCCACAUGGGUCAGCCCUGGAUUGCUUAGCCAAAGGGUUCAGUGGAUUCAUUCCUUGCUCAAAUUGCUUUGACUCCGAUCCUGCAAGAAAGUAAAAGUCAGAGCAGCCUCGUGAAGCUGAUGUUUCUGGCGCUUCAACAAGGAUGUUGAUGUUCCGUUUGUCAGUGAUGAUCAAGCUUUUCUUCCAGUUGGAUGCAUCUAUUUGUCCUGAGAAAUGCGACUGCUCUUCAAAAAAGGCAAUUCAUUGCUCUGGUCCCCACAUAAAAGACCUGGAAUCCCUAAAUCUGCCUUGUAACAUGACAGAAAUUCACGUAACGGGCACCAAUGUAACAUACUUGCAAGAUGUUUUUGCUGGGAUGGUGGAACUGCAGCAUCUUUUCUUGUCUUCAAACAACAUCUCUCUGAUUUCAUCAAUGGCUUUUAAAGGCUUACGAAGGCUAAAAGCCCUCAAGCUGCUAGAUAAUAAGUUGGUUGAACUUCCUCCAGGAGUGUUUGAUGACAUGGUACAGCUUCAGCAGUUGAUCCUUGAAAAUAACAGGUUGAAAUCCAUCGGAGAAAAUCUGUUUGACAAACUAGCUAGCUUGGAGGGGCUUUUCUUGAACAAAAACCAACUAACAGCACUUCCUGGUGACGUGCUGAAGAAACUUGCCAAACUCAAAGUACUGAACUUGUCAAGAAAUUGUUUGGCAGCACUUCCCAGAAAUAUAUUUAGUGCAUUAGCCAGGCUUGAGAAGCUGAUGUUGUAUUUUAACAGGCUGUCUUCAAUAGAGUCUGGUAUGUUUGAUAGCCUGAAGGAGCUGCUGGAACUCUUCCUGCAUUCCAAUAACAUCCAGUCCAUUGCCCCUGAUGCAUUUAAUUGUCUUCAUAAACUGAGAAUCCUCACGCUCUCCAGAAACAGGCUUGAGGUUUUGCCUCCUGGACUCUUUCUGCGUUUGCAUGACCUCUCUAAAUUGACCUUGUACGGGAACCCACUGAAGUCUCUUCCAGAAGUGUUGUUUGGAGAAAUGAGGCAUCUUGGUAGCCUGUGGCUGUAUCACACAAAGCUCUCAACAAUACCAGAUUUUGUGUUCAGUAACUUGACAAAUUUGGAGCUUCUUGUGCUAAGCUUUAAUCCAGAGCUUAGUGUUCUUCCCAAGAAUGCAUUCAGUGGUCUGAAUGAACUGCGGGGCCUUUCUCUGCAUACAAAUAAUAUUUCCAGUCUGCCAGAGGGCAUCUUCCUGAGCCUUCAGAAACUGCACAACAUUUCGCUUUACAGUACGAGGCUUGAGGUUCUUCCUAGAAACCUCUUUCGUAAUCUCAAGCACCUUCAGAAAGUUUACCUCAAUAGUACAAAUCUGCAGUCUCUUCCUGGAGAUUUCUUUACUGCUUUACCCGAGCUGCAAGAAGUCUUCCUUGAUGACAACCCUUGGAAAUGUGAUUGCCAAAUUCUUGGCUUCCAAGAGUGGCUCCAGAAGAGCGUGGAGAUAGUUAAAAACACACCAUCCCUGAGGUGUGACAGCCCACUGGCACUGCAGAAUAUUUCCCUUGUGGCUCUGACAGAUGACCACCUGGAGUGCCCACCAACAACACCCGUUACAUACCAGAUGUUGAGCUCAACCGAUCCCCCAAAUUCUACUUCCCUUAUGAGGGAGCACUUAACAUCAUCUUGGGAGACUACUGUAGCAGCGGUGUCUGGCCUGGAGACCAGCACACCCACAUCAGUUCCUCGUGCAACUCCAGAUUACACCUAUUCACACCUUGAAGAUGUUGGACAGCCUGGGUUUCAUUUCUCAAGUGUUCCAACCCAAACUUCUCCCGGUCGCACAGUAGAAAGCAACGGUGUCAGAGGGACAGAUGUAACUACUCUUGCCCAGUGGGAUGAGCUGCCAGCCCGCAGGACUGCUAACCCCUAUUUUAAUGCCAGAGUUGCUUAUUGUCAGCUAUUUUUGUGCCUUCACAAUUUGAUUUUAGCGCUCCAGACUGUAACCAUUGUGCUCAGUCUGUAUGUGAUGAGUAAAACCAGGCAACUCUUGCACUCCAGAAAUGCUCCUGCUCAGCCUGUAGUUCUGAUAAGUUUUUUUAAGAUAGACAAUACCAGCCAAGGAGAGGAUUAGAAGCACCGCUUUGGAUGCAUUUUGAGCAUUUGGGCAGUCGGCACUUGAUUUGGAUAUGGAUUACAAAUCUUUACAGCAAGAACCAUAAAGACCUUGUCUUUACAGCAUAAUGAGCAUGUGCUUUUCUGUCUGUACCUUGCAGGGUUUGCCAGCAGUGGUUGUAAUCACUGUGUGGUGCCGCAGCACUUGGUGCAUGAACCCAGAGGGAGAGCUGAAAGAAAAUCUGUGGUCACCUCUGUGUGUGCUGCUGGUUUGGGGCUGGAGCCCUGUCCCUCCGGACACAGCUCCUCGGGUGGAAGUGGCACUGAUGUAGGGCAGCCUACACGGGAGCACUGCCUCAACCCUGCUGUAGAGGCUGCCCGUAGUGUCCAAAUGCUGAUGUGCCUUAUACUGCCUGCAAUGCUUUGUCUCCUCGUGGAGAAAAGAAAUGGUAUUUUUGGGAGGAGCUGCUGGAAAAGACCUUUUAAGAUGUGGGUGGGGGCAGAAUGAUACAGUGCAAGUGUUUUAAUUUUUGCUUUCUGUUCUCAGCCCUUUUCCAGGACGUGGCAGGAGGACACAGUACCAUUUAAAUCUAACAGUGCUUUCCUUUAGCUUAACCAGAGCAAGAUAAGCAAGAUGCUGGGCUCAGGAAUAUGAUCUUGAUGUAUUUUGUUGUUUGUUUUGGGUUUUUUUGGAAACUUUGUAACAUUAAUACAGCUCUGAAUUUUAAGUAAACACUUUCAUUCUUAAACUUUG